AUGCCUACCGCGACUUCAACCUCCCAAUUUGCCAUCACCAACGUCGGACCCCUAACAACGGUCUUCACAACACCGACCUCCUGCGCGACCGCAUCACCGGAGCUGUAUCUCGCAAUCAGCGGCGCGUGGGGAUCUGACCGCGUCGCCGCUUACUACAAGCAAGACUGUGACGUCGCAAAGUUGGGCGAAUGCUUCCCGUCCGGUAAGGAGCUCGACGACGCAAUAUCUGCGGCAAGCACCAAGGCGAAUAACGACCGCGCGACAAUCGUAUACUUCUCUCCUGCAAGCCAAUGCCCGGAUUCAUACACGACCGCGGGCUCAGCCCACAGGGGCGGCGACGGCAACGUCACGUCGUCUGGCGUAUUCGUGCCACCGGUUGUGACGAGCGGUUUACGCUCCGGCGGCUUGAUUGGCUACAACCCGCCGCUGAACGUGUUGAUGGAGGUUCUUGACGAGGAUGAGACAGCGAUUGUUUGUUGUCCCGAAAACUACACUGUCGGCAUCAACGGCGGCUGCUUUUCAACAGUCCCGGAUACCGUAUACGGCGAAAAGACGGCCUGCGGGAGGGUCAUCCCAAACGAUGUCUACACCGAGGUCACGGCCGCCAUAACCUACAACAACACCGUCGUGACGGGUCGCGUGAUAUCGUACACCGCCUCGGGUCCCAUUGAGUACAGCACUCGCACCGCAACGUACACGGCUUCUGCGAUCACUGAAAGUAUGUACCCAGUCGCGUACAAGCCGGCCGUCACCUUGGUGAAUAAGGGCGAGGCCGGAGAGACUGGCGGUGCCAGCGGCAGCGGAAGCGGCACUGCAGCUCCGUCGGGGACGGGGGCUAGUGCAGCUCACGGCAUGAGGAUGACUACCUCCGGAGGUGGUGUUGGAAUCUUGGCUACAGUGUGGACUUUCGCGGCGCUGGCUGGUGUUGCGCUUGCCAUGCCCUUUUAA